GUUUGGAUCUGGAGUCGGAAGAGUCGAGUUCCCUUUUGCGGACGGCGGUUUCGGUGCUGCAGAGCUCCUACUUGGACUCUGCCUCUCAGGAUGGUUUUCAGUACAGCCAAGCAAUCCUGGUGGAAAAGGAGAUUUUUCUAAGAGAGCUCAAAGCUUUUGCCCAAGCAAAGAAAGCCGCCGGGUACAGCCAGGAGGAGCUGGAGGAGACCUUUGCAUUUCUCCUGUUCGAUAAUGAGGAAAAGGCAAAAGAGGUGUGUCAGACAGGCCUCCGUGUAAACAGCAGUUCCAUUUCCACUCUUGGUGACCCAGCAAAAGGGGUUUAUAUUUCCAAGUACGCAGACUGUCUUCAUCCGAGACCCUGGUAUCACGGAAAAUCAGGCUAUAUUGUCAUUUGUAAGCUAAUUAAGGGGAAGGUCAAGCUGGUAUCUGAGAAUGACACGUCCUGCUAUACCUGCCCAUCUCCUGGCUACGACUGCCACGUCGCCGUGAGCAGAAACAACGCGCCGUCAGACACCAGCCACCGCCAGGCCUUCGAGCUGAGCCAGUAUUACGUGUACGAAGUGUCCGAUGGCGGCGCUGCUGAACGGCCCCGGCAGAUCCGCCCAUACAUAGUCAUCGCCUGCCAGUACCGCGAACCCAAGGAAAUGCCCGUCUUAGCUAUAGAGAGCCUACCUGAGCUUAAUCACAAAGCGUCGUACUGUCCGUGGAGGGGGCAGCUUUCCAUCCAGGGCCACCUUUUGUGCAACAUCGCUCUGAGGACCCCGUACGGCUUCACGAUUCCAGCCCAGCUGCCUCCCAACCUGGACAUUAACCAUGUCAUGGGUUUGUCUGACUUGAAAAAAAAGCUACCAGAAGCUGCAUUUGGGAAAAGAAAUUACACUGAGAGCGAAGGUGAGUGCAGAACGCGCCGAC